AUGAAGAUAAUCCAAUCACUUGGUCGGUUGAAGUACUUCCUUCGGUCUCUGACAAAGUCGUCGUUAUGGUUUCUUUUGUUGAUCACAAUGGAAGCUGUGGUUAACAUAUGCUUUUCUUCUUAUACUAUUGGUCAGUACCUUCAUAUGGCUGAGAGGAUUGAAGUCGUUUUUGAAGCUGUAACGUCAAUGCUUGUUGUGAUUCUCUUGGGAUCGCUGUAUUUACUGUAUGCCGGUUGGGAAGCUGUCUUACAAAAAAACGUUGUUGCUGUAUGUCACACUGCUGUUUUACUAUUUCAUGUUUCGUUCUUUAUUUAUUCCAUCAUUCAAUAUAUUCAGAUAGGAGUCUGUUUACGCUAUACGGAUUGGACUUUUAAUAAUUCUAGUUUUCCUCCUUUCCAUCAAAUCAACCUGUAUACCUCGUUUAGCAAAUACAAGGCUGUAUUUAAAAAUGCAACAUUUACGUUUUACAAUCUAGAAGCUUUUUACGUCGCUUUGCCUGUUGUUAUAGGUUUGAUUGGUAUCAUCCUUUGUUUUUUAGUCUACCGUAUGAACAAAGCGUAUGGAUGGGUUAUGUAUCAACGACACGGGCCAGAUCUUCACAUGAGACGACGAUAUCUCAUAUACGAGAUUUUUGUUGCCUUGGUGAAACUGGAUCUUUAUUUUUGUAUUUGUUCAACGAUUCAAAUAGCAAUGCUGAACAAGCAUCCGCGGGGCGGCCAUUACCAAAAAACUCGGAUUGUCCUUAUGCUAUUAUUAAUUCCCUACACCCUAUUUGUUUUGUCCGUAUCGCUGUAUGCAGUGCGUAGAGAAAGUUAUGUGUUGAUGGCAUACGUGGAGAUAAUGAUGCUUGCAGGGUCGGCAUACUACUUGUACUACAUGGUAGUUGUUUACAAUAACACAAAUUUUUGGAUUGUGGAUUUUAGUGCUUAUUCGUCGCUACCUGUAACGCUGAUUACCGUGAUUCAUGUCUUAAGUACGUUUGGGAUAGGAAUCACAUGCAUGGUUAACUUUGGUCACGGACUUCGUGAAUACUUAAACUAUUUGGAUCAAAAGAAAAAGGAAGAGUCGAAAACUGCAUUGAAUCUUCCAAGGUCUCGUAGACCCAUUGACGAUUAA